AAUAAGAGCGUGAACGCACCGGGGGGGGGGGAGACAUGACGAUGAAGACGAGGAUGUGUCCGUACGAUUUAAUAUGUAUGUGAACGGGAACAGGAGAGCUUAAAGUGAGCCCGUGUGUUAAUGUGACUGAAACCCGGAAAGAGUAGCCAAAAUCUGACUGCCAGAGGGCUGUUAAAACAACCCAUAGUUACAUCCAGGUGUCAGACUUAGUGUCUGUGUGGAUCUUCAGUGUGCAGGUGGAUCAAGGCCAGUGAAAGCCGUGAGGAUGGGAGGUGGAGGCCACAUUACAGAGCCAGCAAAGCUUGGCAAUGGGCGAGCUGGUGGUGUAUACACCUGGGAGGAGGUGCAGAGCCACAACAGCAGGAACGACCAGUGGCUUGUCAUCAAUCGAAAGGUUUACAACAUCACACAGUGGGCCAAAAGGCACCCCGGUGGCUUUCGGGUCAUCGGCCACUAUGCUGGAGAGGAUGCCACGGAGGCGUUCACUGCUUUUCACCCUGAUUUAAAGUUUGUGCAAAAGUUUCUGAAGCCCCUGCUGAUUGGAGAGCUGGCAGCGACAGAGGCCGGCCAGGACCGAGACAAAAAUGCGGCAAUCAUACAGGAUUUCCGCACUUUACGCAAGCAGGUGGAGAGCGAGGGUCUAUUUCGAGCUCAGCCUUUGUUCUUCUGCCUCCACCUGGGUCACAUCCUGCUGAUGGAGGCCCUCGCCUGGCUGAUCAUCUGGCUCUGGGGAACCGGCUGGACACUGACGCUUCUGUGUGCGAUCUUGCUGACCACUGCACAGUCGCAAGCUGGAUGGCUACAGCAUGACUUUGGCCACCUGUCUGUCUUCAAGAAGUCCAGCUGGAAUCACAUGUUGCACAAGUUUGUCAUCGGCCAUUUAAAGGGAGCCUCUGCCAACUGGUGGAAUCAUCGGCAUUUCCAGCAUCACGCUAAACCCAACAUCUUCAGUAAGGACCCUGAUGUCAACAUGUUGCACAUGUUUGUAGUUGGAGCUGUUCAACCAGUGGAGUAUGGCGUAAAAAAGAUCAAAUACCUGCCCUAUCAUCACCAACACCAGUACUUCUUCCUUAUUGGACCACCGCUUCUCAUUCCAGUUUUCUUCCACAUCCAGAUCAUGCAGACCAUGAUUUCCCGCCGUGACUGGGUGGAUCUGGCUUGGACGAUGUCUUUCUACUUUCGCUACCUGUGCUGUUAUGUACCCCUGUAUGGCGUGUUUGGCUCAGUGGUCCUCAUGGGCUUCGUCAGGUUUUUGGAGAGUCACUGGUUUGUGUGGGUGACUCAGAUGAAUCAUCUGCCGAUGGACAUCGACCACGAGAAGCACCAGGACUGGCUGACCAUGCAGUUACAAGCCACCUGUAACGUUGAGGAGUCCUUCUUCAACGACUGGUUCAGCGGACACCUCAACUUUCAAAUAGAACACCAUUUGUUUCCUACGAUGCCGCGCCACAACUACCACCGGGUGGCCCCACUGGUCCGUGCACUGUGUGAGAAACAUGGGAUUCCUUACCAGGUGAAAACGCUGUGGCGAGGCAUCACUGAUGUUGUCAGGUCAUUGAGGACCUCAGGGGAGCUCUGGCUUGAUGCAUAUCUCCAUAAAUGACCAAUUUUAUUCUCUACAUUGUACCUAAAUUAGUUUCUUUUCCCCUUUUCUGCAUCAUGCAUUGAUUGCAUCUGUUUGAUUUUUUAUGAUCUAGUUUAUACUGUGGGAAAGAUCUUGUGUUGUGAUAUAGUUCAGUCGUUUUUUUUCUUGAACAACAGUGGAAAGGUGUUAUGAAUACAUUUGUGAAAGUAAUGUUUUUCUUCUUAACUUGUGAUACAGUUUGAACAAUAAAACAUGAUUAUUAUGCAGACAGAAGUCAAAUCCCGUGUAGCUCAUGAUGCUCAUGUAACUGCACUAACUUUCUUCUCCCAGACUUGUUUUGUCCUUACAGUGGCUAUACAAUAAAGAAACUAAUUUAACUGUUCCUCCA